AUGGUUCACCCCGCUUCUACCUGCUGCAAGACCUCCGGUGCUGGAGAGUGUGUUUGUGCCGCUCAGGCUAAGUGCUCCUGCGGCAAGGAAAGCGCCCUCAACUGCUCUUGCAACAAGGCCUCCGCUGAGAACACCACUGCUGGUCCCCGUUGCUCAUGCCGUGCUCGUCCCGCUGGUCAGUGCACCUGCGAGCGCUCUGUGAGCGAGAACAAGCCUGUUGCUGGUGAUACUUGCGCCUGUGGCAGCCGCCCUUCUGCUUCUUGCACUUGUGAGAAGUCUGAGGGUGUUGAGUCUGCCCUUGAGGUCGACUUCACCACUCGCGCCUAA